AUGAAACGCAUCGACAGUGGCUUCCAGGAGUCUCCCUUCUUGAGUCCGCACAAUGAACCACCGUCAAUUAUUAGAAGCAACACUGCGCCUACUCACCAUCGCAAACACACCAAGUCUAUCAUAGAGACUGCUACUCCGUCUACUUAUCCUAAGACCAUGGAGUCACAGCGGCCAGGGUCUGAAGACCUGUCGAGACCAUCCCACCACAGGUCAAAGACCACGUCCUCCAGAGCCUCAACUACACGAUCUCGAGGUCGCGCUCAUGGAUCCAAACCUUCCUCGCGUCGGACGUCUUGCACCAUUGUGGACCCUUCCAGGUCGCGCCACUACAGGAUACAGAGUUCCCACACAGUGCCCACUGCAACCAGCCAAGACAUUGACGAUGUAUACGCCCUCCACCAUCGCAGCUACAGUCUGUUUCAAAACCCGUCACUGCACACCACGUCCGGCCUUCCAAGCCCAACUUUGUCUGAGGACCAUAAACUAGGUUUUCCAAGUCCGGUCGGUCGUUUCAGUACGGAUGAGGUAUAUGCGCAUGACGAACAUGAUCUACCAAAGAAGAGUGAGGACACCACAGCCGAGACUACGGCAACCAUCACGCACUGGACUUCGCCAUGUACUCGAAGGCGCGAGUACGAGCGCAUAGACCGGGCCAACAGCGGUGUUCGGGGCUUCUUCAACAAAGUCAUGCCGCGUUGUGUUUCAGGACCACAAGAGAAAUUUUACGAGAAGGACAAGUCGGACGCAGGAUCAGUGCGACGAUAUCGAUUGGAUGAUGAAGAUAAUACCGCCGAGGAGAAGAAAUUCGCGAGGUCGCAGACACCCCACUUGAAGAAGCCAAGCUCACCAAAGAAGAAGUGGAUCUGCUUUUGA